AUGGACGGCAAGACGCCGACGACGGCAAGCAGCGACUCCAAGACGCAACCCCCGCCAGCAGCAGCCCAGCCCGAAGCCGACGAGUUCGGCCUCCCCAUCAGACGCUAUCCCGCGGCUGCCGAGAGAGACGGGUCAACACACAGCGCCCCGAGCAGCGCGGGACCCGACCGUGGCGCGCAAGGCACAGGCGACGAAAACGCGACUCCCGGCAAAGGCAUCGUGACGAAGCUGGAAGCGCAGCCCGAACCUGCACGCGCGCAGUCCGCCCCGCCCUCCAAGGCGCAAAGCGAGUCCGACAGCGACAGCGACGAGGCAGCCUUUGAAGAUGCACCGACCGCCCUAGCCCCGGCAUCUGGCGCCACCUCCCCAGCCAAGCCGACUUCUGCGCCGCAGACUCCCAGGGGAGAGGCCCCGACAAGGGGCACGGGCGCGGGCACGGGCGGCGAUGCUCACCACCCGUUGUCGGACGCUGCGACGACUACAGCCGCGAUCGCAUCUGGCCCAGCAACUCCCAGAGUCAAUCAAGAGCCGACCGAAAAGCCCGUCCAAGAUGGCGCCGUCAACAAGGACCCCGGCGUCGACGGGCAGCAGCAACCCUCGACGUCCUCAAAAGCGGUCGACGGAAAGCAGCCGAUCUCGCACAGCCGGGACCCAAGUGCUGCGACCACCGUGGACGGCCUCGGCCUGUCGGAGUUUUCACACCAGCAGCUAUCUGCACCGCAAGAGGACAAGGCCGGAGCUGAAGCAGACGAAUGGCAGGUGAUGCCGUCCUACGCAAGAUACGACAUGUACGAUGACGAUAAUCGCUUAAUUGCACGCGAGCAUAAUGAAGGAGAAGACGACAGCUACGGCUACAGCGGGCUCGGUGGCGCCGGCAAGGGUUACACGCGAGUCAUCAUGGACGAGGACGCGCAGUCGGCCACGAGCAUGGACGAUAAUACACAGUACCUAUUCAAGGGCGCCAAGGGGACGGACGUGAUAGAUGACGAUGAUGCUCGGGAUGCCGUUUCGCAGAUGCAGGCCACCAAGGAUCUCUUGACCGAGGGACAGCGCAUUGCGUACGUCGGUGUGGUCCGUUUGGAGAUUGUCAAGCUGGUCAAGGAGGCUGAGGAGCUGCCCAUCACCAAGAAGACGAAGAAGGAGGUGACAAUCGCCGCCGAAGCCUUUCGGAUGUGGGGUCAGAAGAUGAUGAUCCGACUGUACUCGCACAUGGACAUAAGCGAGGCGGAGCAGAUCAUGAUUGAGCAGCUUGCCGAGCACGGCGUGGUGCCGGGGGAUCUGACGCCAGCACUCCACGCCAAUUCGAGGGUACACAACCCCAUGGCCGCAGAGAAGGGGGCCAACGACAAGGAGUCUUCUGACAAGGAGUCCUCAGACCAGGAAGAUGGUGAGAAGAAGGACAGCGACAAGGAGGUCAGCGAGGGAAAGCCCUCCAAGGAGCCCGAGUCAAGAUCACCGUCGACCCCGGGAAGAGAGAAGUACGAGGACGAGGACGAUGAAGAGGUUGCAGAACCGCCUCCGCCAUACGAAGCCGUCGAGGGCUCGGCGGUCCCCGAGGCCCAAAUGCCAUCGCAGCUACCGACGACGGAGAAAAUUGACAUUGAUCUUCGAUGGACUGUCCUUUGCGACCUGUUCCUCAUCCUCAUUGCAGACUCCAUAUACGACGCGCGGUCCCGGACGCUGCUGGAGCGUGUCGCCGCCAGCCUGGACAUAUCGUGGAACGACAUUUGCAAGUUCGAGAAGCGAGUCACAGACGCGCUCGAGAUGCAGCAAGCGGCAGAGAAGGAAAACUGGAACGAGGACGAACACAUGGAGGUGCGAAGGAAAGCGGCGCUUAAGAGGAGAUACGUCAUGAUGGGCCUGGCAACCGUGGGCGGUGGCCUCGUCAUCGGACUGUCAGCUGGCCUGCUGGCGCCUGUCAUUGGAGCAGGUCUGGCGGCCGGGUUCACCACCAUCGGCGUCACGGGGACGAGCAGCUUUCUCGCCGGCGCCGGAGGCGCUGCUAUCAUCACAUCUUCGGCCGCGGCAUCGGGUAGCAUCAUUGGCGUCAGGGCGGCCAACCGCCGAACGGGCGCUGUCAAGACGUUUGAGUAUCGGCCGCUUCACAACAACAAGCGGGUCAACCUGAUCGUGACGGUAUCCGGGUGGCUCACGGGCAAGGUGGACGAUGUCCGCCUGCCGUUCAGUACGGUCGACUCAAUCAUGGGCGACAUCUACUCGGUCCUGUGGGAGCCCGAAAUGCUGCGUAGCAUGGGUGACACCAUCAACAUCCUUGCUACUGAGGCUCUCACCCAGGGAUUGCAACAAAUUCUGGGCAGCACCAUCCUGGUCAGUCUGAUGGCGGCGCUGCAGCUGCCCAUCGUCUUGACGAAGCUGUCGUACCUCAUCGAUAACCCCUGGGCAGUCUCACUGGACCGGGCGACUUCUGCUGGACUCAUCCUGGCAGACUCCCUUAUAGAGCGCAGCCUUGGCACACGACCCAUCACGCUGGUGGGCUAUUCGCUCGGUGCGCGAGUCAUCUUUUCCUGUCUCCAAGAGCUGGCAAAGAAGGGCGCGCACGGCCUGAUCCAAAACGUCUAUCUGUUCGGCUCGCCUGUGGUCGUGAAGAAGGACGAAUACCUACGCGCCAAGACUGUCGUGGCGGGCCGCUUCGUCAACGGCUAUAACCGAAACGACUGGAUCUUGGGAUAUCUGUUCCGUCUGACCAAUGGCGGCAUCCGGCGCGUGGCUGGGCUGGCGCCGAUCGAGGACUGCCCGUGGGUAGAGAACAUGGACGUGACGGAGCAGGUGCCAGGCCACAUGGAGUACCGAACGGCCAUGCCGUCGCUGCUGAAGAAGUGUGGCUGGGAAGUGGAGAGCGAGGAAUUCACCGAAAUCGAAGAUCCCGACCCCGAAAACCACGGCGAGCGUCAGCGAGAACUCAUCAACGAGAUCGAAGAGGCGCGCAAGGAGCUGGAGAAGGAGGGCAAGGCCAAGAAAGGCAGCAAGUUUAGCAUCUUUGGCCGACGCAAGAAGGCCGAAAAGCAAGAGUGGGAGGUGUACGAGGACAGCGCCGGCAAAGACGGCGUCAAACCAGAGGACAAGGAGGGCAGCAGCAACCACGGCGUCCUGUUCGACAUUGAUGCGAUUCGGGCAGAGCUCGCCAAGGAGGCCAAGGACGGCGAGAACCUGGAAGAGCUGCAGGUGAGGGAGAUACAGACGACGCUGCCGCCGAUGAAGCUGGACAUAUCGCCGGUGACGCCGUCAUCGUCCUCGUCUCCGACUCUGGCACGGCCCCAUUCGCUGCGAGAAACUAGGAGCGCCAGCGCGUUACCGUUGCAAGGGAGCGGAGAUGCAACCAAAACAUACGAGCCACCAGUUUAUGGCGCGGGACAUGGAGAAGACGAUAUCCAGAUGACGUUCGACACGUCCUUCCAAGACACGAGCAAAGACGAUUACGGGUCGCGAGACGGUGGCAGCAGCACCAGCCGGCCGGCGGUGACGUCGACGCAGACGCUGCCAAACAUGAUGCUUGCGGACCCUUGGGGCGACCCAGACGACGAGGAUUUCGGCAAAGAGAAGGAGAUUUCGAUGACAUUUGCAUAA